AUUAAUUUUGUAAUCGUACCAAUAUUUGGUUACUGAACGCAGAACAAAAACUCUUCCCAAAAUGAAGCAAUUUCUUCUGAUAAAUAAUUAUUAACAGGACAAUUUAAUACUGUAACCAAAGAAAUUCCUUCAUAAAAUGAUAUUUUGCGAAGAAUAUAUGUGACACGACCAUUUAACAAGGUAACCAAAAAAAGGUACUAAAUCAAGAAAAAACUAAUACGAAUCAUUUAGGAAAUUUUGAGACACAUAAAGUAAUAUUUCAUAUCCGAACGAUUUCUACUCACCAAAUAUACAUAGAUCAUGUUACAUUAUAGAAUUAUAAAAUACAUCUAUUUGAUUAGAUGGUACAGUGGAUAUAUCAGUCAUACAGAUCAAUGAUGACGGUACGAUGAAACAAGUGCACAAGUCAGGGGGAGGUGCCUGGGGAGGAGUUAGGGUAAACGAGAAGAUUCUUGAAUUAAUUAGAGAUAUGACCGGACAAGAAGUGAUGUCAGAGUUUUCGAGCAAUCAUUGCAAUGAAGAGUACCACUUGCGCAUGGAAAUUGAAACUUCUAAGAGAAAGGUUGAUAGUCCUGCAAAGCUAGGCGAAGAAAAUGCAGAAGAGCAAAAAUUUUAUAUUCGAAUGCCGCAAGCCCUACAACGGAUUUGGAGGUCCAAGUGCAAAGCAUACAAGGAGGUCCUCUCGGCAAAUGAUGUUAAAUUUGAGGCAGGGGAAUUAUAUUUCAAGUCUGACAAAAUCAGAGAGUACUUUAAAGAUACUAUCGAUGGAAUACUGACCACUUUGAGAGAUGCUUUGGAAAGCUCAUCUAGCAUUAAACCAGGGGCUAUGAUUGUCGUUGGCGGCUUUGCAGAAUCAAAUUAUGUGAUUGAAAGUCUGAGAGAAUCCCUUGAGGAUAAAAUGAUACCUGUCUUAAAGCCUGAUUUUCCAGAAAAGUCCGUUCUGAAUGGAGCUGUUCUGUUUGGUCAGAAUGAUGAAAUUAUCAAGUCAAGAAUAGUGCCUCAUACAUACGGCAUUGCCAUGACUAUGGAGUUCAAUAGCCGCUUACAUUCAAAUGAAGAAAAAUAUGUAGAAAGUGACGGGAAAGAAAUGGCAAACAAUGUAUUUCGGAAGCAUGUUACCGUUGGUGACAGUGUCGAAAUCGGAAAAUGGAUCACAAGUAAGGAAUACUACAUAACCAGUGAAGAAACAUCAAUUUCAAGAGUCUACGUGUUUACAUCUGACAAAAAGAAUCCGAUACACACAACUGAAACCGGGAGCAAAUACAUCGGCCAUCUUGACAUCGAGUUUCCUGACAUCGACGAGGAAGACACUGAUGAAAUUUCGAAUAGAAAGGUAGUUCAGGUAGAGUUUAAUUUUUGUGGCACACUGUUACGUGUAAGAGCCGUUUCAACGUGUUCAGGGAAGACACAGACGAGAGAGUUGCAAAUAAAAUAUAACGAGAUGUUCAAGGAACAAAAAGAAUGACAAUGAAUGAUGAAAAUGUUUUAAAGUUCAUUCUGAAAAUAUACAUAUAUGUAUGAAAUUAUUGCUUGCACCUUGCCAAAUGAAUGCCACUUAUGAGAGCAUGUUAUGAAGGAGUUAUUCUAAAGCAAUGCUUUUUUUUGUGUUAUUUCAAUGCGCGAUUUAAAUUGUGCAUGUAAAACGAAACGUUUUUUUUCUUGAAUUUUGAAUAAAUGCUGACAGUAUAUUAUUAUAGACCAUUUUGAUAUCAUAAAGCAUUUUGUUUAGCUGUUAAAGCUCUGAAAUUGUUGCUAGAUUUCCCUAAGAGGAAUUGUUUAUAAUAGAAAUAUAGAAAUUUGCGUUGAAAUAUUUUUCAACAAUAUUCUGUUUUAAAAAAAUAUUUUGCCGCUUACUGUUAUUGAAAUACCAUAUGCAAAAUGAAAAACAAAGAUUGUUGGUGACUGAUCAACAUUACUUAUCAUUAAUUGAUUUGUUAUAUAUAUUGCCUUUGAUAUAUUAGUAUUGAUAUACAAAUUACUACCCUAAAAUUGCCAACAUUUUAGUAGAAAGAAACAGUGAUAUCGUGAUUUAAAUUAAUGUCACAAUAAAAACGAACCAUGCGACGUAUACAUGUAUAUCUAACUUUAUAAUUCGAAGGCUUGGCACUGAUCUGUUUAGAGAACAGUUUCAUUUUUAUAACUGCAUUUCAGAAUGGUCCCUUGGAAUAAUAAUUUUCACGAACUCUAGAUUACCUCAUACAAAAGUCAGAUAAAUAGUACUGCUAUAAGAAUUUACGCUAGUUCUGCACGUUUGUGUCAGUCUUGUUUUUUUUUCUACUUUUUUUGCUGUAUAGAUGAACGAUCAUUUCUGGACAUUACUUCUGAAUUUCAGAACGAAAUUACAGGAAUGGUAGCUCUGAAUUUAAUACUAUCCAUGUCAAUCAAGACUAGAAAACAACUGAAAUCAAAACUGAAUUAAGUGUUUAUGUUACUAUUUAUGUACAUCUUAAAUGUUUUCGUAAAAAUAAUAGAAAAUUGAUGAAAACAAUGUAUUAGGGUCUAGUUAUGACAGCGCGCUUGACUAUUGGAAACCUUUCAAAAGAAUAGUUACAUUCAGUUGCUUAGAUGAAAAGAUGAAAAAAAAAAAGAAUCAUUUUGCAAAAAUGUAAUUCAGAGUUAUAAAACCUACCAGCGAGGUCACAAUUUGUAAAAUGUUUGAAAACGUAUGGUCAAAUCAUGAUUAUAUUUAUCAAACUGUAAGCCUGAUUACGCCUGAUUAUGUUACCUGCUUUCUGAGAUCAUCAACUAACAUUCGGCAUGGCUCCGUGGCUUCUCAGAAACUUGCUUACAUUCAAAACUUUUAACAAAAAAUAUGCUAUAUAAAGGAAAUUUGUUUAGGGCAUGUCAACCUAUUUUCAACAAGUUAGACAAUACAAUGUAAAUAAAAUAACUCCCUUCUGAGCAUGACUCUAACAUCAGUGAAAAAAUACCGGAUCAUAUCAAGUAAAACAUCUCCAAACCGAAUCAUCCGCAAAUAUAUAUGAACAAUAUACCAAUCACUGAAGUGACUGAACACAAACAUCUUUGUCUCACCUUUUAUUCGGAUCUAAAAUGGUCCUCGCAUAUAUCUAUCACUUUGAAAAAAGCUUGGCAAAGAAUUGGUCCAAUCUUGGAAUAUUCCGAUGUUGUUUGGGAAACUGUCCAGAAGCUGUAAAGAAUGGAAUCAAGGCCGUCCAGAACGAGGCUGCUCGUCGGUGCGACAAAACUCUGUAACAUCCAGACUCUUACUCGAUCUCGGUUGGGAACCUCUGACGGAACGACGAAAAAAAAACUUCGCAUUGUUUUGUUCUAUAAAAUGGUCAAUGGCUUAUCACCCGCCUACCUGUCUUCACUAAUUCCUGAAAACCAACACAAUAUCAAUACUAGAUAUAACCAUAGAAACAUUAGAUAUAUCUUUUGCCAAUCACAUUCAUACAGUUCUUCCUUUAUUCCAAACACAAUACACGAAUGGAAGUUACUUCCUCAACAUUUCCUUCAAUCAAGGCCUUCAAAAAAUCCAAUCUGAAUUAAAACAUACCAAAAUCAAAUCCAUUAUUUAAAGUCGGGUCCAGGAAAAGGCCAAAUUCUGCAUGCUUGGCUACGUCUGGGUUGAAACUCCCUUAAC